AACUCAACACCCUUUCCUUCCCUUCAAACAUACUCCAAAACACCUCAAGCUCUUCCCUUGUGUGAUCUUUUGUAACCUUUCUUCAUUUUUUAUUUUUAUUUUUGAACUGAUCAUGGCCCACUCAACCCUCUAUCUAGCCGUUCUCAUCAUCACCAUUACCAUAUCAUCAUCCCCUGUCUCAUCACGGCUCUCAGUCUCUUUCUAUGCCAAUACAUGCCCAUCUGCGUUCGACACUGUCCGGACCGCCAUGCGGGCCGCCAUUAAUCGAGAGGCCCGAAUGGGGGCGUCCAUCAUACGUCUCUUCUUCCAUGAUUGCUUUGUUAACGGUUGUGAUGGAGGCAUUCUUCUAGACAAUACUGGAUCAUUCGUUGGUGAAAAGACUUCACCAGCUAAUAACAAUUCAGCGCGAGGAUAUGAGGUGAUCGAUAACAUAAAGAUGCAAGUGGACAGAGCUUGUGGUAGAAGUGUGGUAUCUUGUGCAGACAUCCUAGCCAUUGCCGCCCGCGAUUCCGUCGUUGAACUUGGUGGGCCAUCUUACUCAGUUCCAGUAGGGAGAAGAGAUUCAAGAACAGCAAAUGGAGCUAGUACUGACCUUCCUGGCCCUGAUGAGACCCUCAUUUCAAUCAUUGACAAAUUUAGACGGAAGGGAUUUAGUCCUCGAGAGAUGGUUGCCUUAUCAGGAGCCCACACGGUGGGCCAGGCCAGGUGUGACUUGUUUAGAGGCCGGAUCUACAAUGACGCCAACAUCGAUCCAGCAUUUGCAGCCACUCGUCGCACCACUUGUCCCAGCACCGGCGGCAAUGACAAUUUGGCCCCACUGGACCCACAAAGCCCAAACCGAUUCGGCAACAACUAUUUCCAAGCAUUGAUCAACAGGUGAGGCCUCCUCCGUUCCGAUCAAGUUCUGUUCAACGGUGGAUCUACUGACUCCGUGGUCACAUUGUACAGCAAUAAUGCUGACGCUUUCUCGAUAGAUUUUGCCAGUGCCAUGUUCAAGAUGGGGAAUUUGGGCCCACUAACUGGUUCCCAAGGGGAAGUUCGAGUUAAUUGUAGGAGGGUUAACUAGAAUGAGCUCUCUAAUUAUCUACUUAAGGCUCUUGUUUUAUUUUGUUACAUGGAUUGUGGCCAAAAUUGUACCACGUAUGUGGUUUGAACAGUUGUAUUCGGAUUUUUUUUAGUUUUGUUGUUUAAGCAUAUUAGGGUUAUGGGGCUCCCUCCCCCUCACUUUCUCUUACUUUUAAACUAUUUAUUAGAGAUAUGAUUGUCCAUAUCACCA